AUGGCCACCCGCAGCGCUGCUCUCAAGCUCGAUUGGACCAAGGUCACCAGCUCGCUGGGUCUCCGCGGCCAGACCGUCUCUUCCCUGCAGGCCUUCAAGAAGCGCAACGAGGACGCGCGCCGCCGGUUGCAGGUCCUGUCCGAGCAGCCCACGACCGUCGACUUUGCCGCCUACCGCUCCCAGCUCAAGAACACGGCCAUUGUUGACGAGAUCGAGAAGCGCUUCAAGGACUUCAAGCCCACCACCUACGAUGUCAACCGCCAGAUCAAGGCCAUUGACGCCUUCGAGGCCGAGGCUGUUAAGAACGCCGAGCAGACCAAGACCGCUGUCGACCUGGAGCUGAAGGACCUUGCCGCUACCUUGAAGAACAUUGAGUCUGCUAGGCCGUUCGAGGACCUCACUGUUGACGAGGUUGCCGCUGCCGAGAAGUCGAUCGACGAGAAGACCAACGAGCUCGUAUCCAAGGGUCGCUGGAUGGUGCCUGGUUACAAGGAGAAGUUCGGCGACCUUGCUGUCGUCUAA